AUGCCCGUGAUUACACCACCCGAUGCCGAGCUCAAUCUCUCGCAAGAUGGGUGGAAGAUGGUCAUCAACUUGCCCCCGGGAGCGGCAGUGAGCGUCACUCGGGACGCCGCUUCUUCUAGUGUCGGCAGCCCAGCCGCAGUCCGCGAGUCCUCCCGCCUCGCCAAGCGCACCUUUGACGAACUCUACGGCAGCUCGGUCCCCACUCAGCAACUCGUUGGCAUGCACCACGGCGUUCACUACGGCGUCGCUGCCUUGCAGAAGAACCUGGAAGCGAUGUGGCCCACCGAAGGCGAUGGUCACCGUGAUGACGAUGGUGAUGUGGACGUCUGCCUCUGCCAUUGCGCAAAGGAGGUUGACUUCGCCGCUGUUCUUCCCGGCGAGCGCGAAGAGGCUAGCGACGCGGAGCCAGACGACUAUGCCGACGAGUCGGACAUGGACGACGACGAAGUCGCCGCCGAUCACCCUUACUGUGGACAGAGAACUGAGAGGGAGCUGGGCGUGCUUAAGGAGGCGUUUGGGAUUCUUAACGGUGAUGUGGGUGAACCGGAUCUUGUGACCUCCCAAGGUAACAGGUGGGCGAUCGAGGCAAGAGAGAAGGAGGAGGGAGAGAGGGAGGCAAAGCGGUGCAGAACUGAAGGAGCCGCGGAGAGGAUCAAUGUCGAAGCAGCCGAUUCCCAAGAUGUUGAUAUGAAGGACGCCAAGACUUCGCAAGAGACGCCUGAGGGUACCAAGCCCCAGUCGACGGUCAGCAAGUGCUCGCAGUAUACUCCCUGGUCCUUCGUGAGCGACGAGGAACCGGUCGAAGUUAGGACUCCUCUCCCGCCCAGUCCCCAUCCCGAUUACGAGGACUGUGUCUUCAACCCCGCCCAGUCGCCCACAGGCGGCAACAGAAGCGAAAACGAUAGCGAUGGAAGCAGGGGCAUCUGGAUCCCGAUGUAG